CUGGCUUGACAGCUGUCACUGUACACCGAGGUCAAGGGGAGAGGAGAAGCAUGGCUGCGUUAUUGUUUAGAGGGUCUCGACAUGUAUUGCAAAGGUGGAACAAGCAUGUCGACUUUGCCUUUGUGCGGUCAAUGGCCUCAAAAACACCUGUUGGAUUUAUUGGUCUGGGAAACAUGGGCACUCCCAUGGCCAGAAACCUGCUAAAAAAUGGUUAUCCCGUUAUUGCCACUGAUGUCUUUCCUGAGUCCUGCAAGGAGCUGCAGGACAUUGGUGCUCAGGUAGUGGACUCCCCAGCUGAUGUGGCUGAAAAAGCAGAUCGCAUCAUCACAAUGCUGCCCUCCAGUCCCAAUGUCAUUGAGGUCUACACAGGCCCGAAUGGCAUCCUCAAGAAGGUGAAGAAGGGAACACUGUUGAUCGACUCCUCCACCAUCGACCCCGCUGUGUCAAAAGAGAUGGCGGUCGCUGCAGAGAAGAUGGGUGCUGUGUUCAUGGAUGCUCCAGUGUCAGGAGGUGUCGGCGCUGCCAGUCUGGCCAAAUUGACCUUCAUGGUAGGUGGAUUGGAGGAGGAAUACCACGCUGCACAGGAGCUGCUCACCUGCAUGGGAGCCAAUGUUGUGUACUGUGGCCAGGUUGGCACUGGACAGGCUGCAAAGAUCUGCAACAACAUGCUGCUGGCCAUCGGGAUGAUUGGGACCGCAGAGACCAUGAACCUUGGCAUCAGACUUGGUUUGGACCCCAAACUGCUGGCAAAGAUCCUCAACAUGUCCUCAGGCCGCUGUUGGUCCAGUGAUUCGUACAAUCCAGUCCCUGGCGUCAUGGAGGGAGUCCCCUCUGCCAACAACUACCAGGGCGGCUUUGGAACCACACUAAUGGCAAAGGAUCUUGGUUUGGCCCAAAACACUGCCACCAACACUAAGACGCCCGUUCCUCUGGGUUCCCUAGCUCACCAGAUCUUCAGAGUCAUGUGUUCCCGCGGCUACGCUAACAAGGACUUCUCAUCCGUCUUCCAAUUCCUACGCGAGGAGGAAGGACAGUGAAUGGACGGGGAGCACAGUUGACUAUGUUGUUACCAUACACAUACACACACAUACACACACACACACACACACACACACACACACACACACACACACACACACACACACACACACACACACACACACACACACACACACACACACACACACACACACACACAACCACAACCACACACCCCAGUGCCCCUUAUCCCACUAUGCUCAGGAGAGACUAAGGCCUUGCCCUCAGGCACAGAUCUGUGGUCCAAUUAACAUACUGUAUGUUGACACAUGUCCCCUCAUUGCAUUAGCUGAAUCAUAUUUUUAAUUCAUGGCUCUCCUUCUGCAUGGAGGAAAUGCUAAAACUGACCUUAGAUCAGUAUCUAGAGACAAAGCCCUUCCUCUUAAGCAACUCUCUUCUCUAUUUGACCUGAGAAGCCAGAGUAAGGAAAUCAGAGGUAGGAUGGGACGAGGCGUUGCUGGUUUACAUAUAACAAUGCAAAUAUAUGUAUUUUUCAGAAUGAUUAAGAAGUAAUAAUUGCAUGGUUGUUAAAAAGGUUAAGUAUGUUUUUGUUGGGUUAGUGCUGUUUGCCUAUAUGUAAUGAGGACAGUAAAAACCACACAAACUACAGUGAGAAUUUAGAUACUGAUGGAAAUGUCAUUGAAGAGACAGGAGAGUGCAGAGAUUGGGUUGUCCUUUUUCUAAUUAAAAAACACAACCCAUAUUCACAGCACUACAUGUAAAGGCACACAACUGACCAAAAUGCUGGCUCAAAGUUUACUUGUUUUGUUACAUUCAUCAGUUAUUGGUGGGACGCUGGUGUCAUCCUCUCAUUUACUUGUCACCUGAGUCUUCCAGCCAUUUUACAUUUUUUCAUUUUUUUCAUUUCAAUGUUCAGUUUUUCAGUUUUUUUAAACUUGUGAAUACACUACAAUUUGUUUCCUUUCUUUGGUACUACAUUUAAGUCACUACUCACUUAAUGGACUAGUUAUGCUCUCUUAAAUACUGUGAUAUGUAUCUGGUUAUUUUUGCACAGUGUGCAUCGCAGUGCGAUGUGCUGGGCCAUUUUGAUACACAGUUACAGAAUUUAUUUGAACUUACCUCUCUGCUCUGCUGUCUGCAACUGCUUAUCGAGCCAUUGGAGUAUUAUUUUGUGUCCAACACUGUUUAAAUAUUAUACUGUUCACAACAAAAUGUUGUACUCCCUCUCUGGCACUUUCUGUUUAACUUUUAGGUCUUUCCUCACAUAUUUCUCCUCUCUCUCUCUCUGUCCGUCUCUCAGCUUGUACGACAUCUGUGUAAAGUGUCAGUGAGGAACAUUUCCUCCCUGCUCUAGGCAAAUGUACAUACUGUAUAUUUCAUAUUAUUGUCUAGUAUUGAAAAGGAAUCUAAAAGAAUUCUUUUGUUUCUUCUUUUUUUUAGUAAAAGUCAUUAAUAGUGUCAACAGUUUGUCUUUGCUCUGUGAAACAGAUCUUCAGUCAUUCUGUGGCCUAAAAUAAAAGUUGUUCGGUGUA